AAAUUUAUAAAAAGCUAACGGUUACAAUACCAUUCUCCCUCUCUCAUGUUGGAAAGUGAGAAGUUUAUUGGAGCAGAUAACAUAGGCGAAAACAUCGCCCAUCCCUGGAAUUAGUUCAAACAAUUCCUGUCUUUUCCAUUUAAGUUCUCAGGCCUCCGACGUUGCUCCUUGAUUCUUUCCCUGUGGUAAGAAUCCACCUACCAUUGAUAAUUCAACAUUUCCUACGAGAGAUUCCUUCAGUGUCCAUCACCCAAAUUUGUUCAUACAUUUUAUACAUACGGCACCAGAAUUCCUCCUAGGCAUGGCAAUUUUUCCAUAAAAAAAUCGUUUUUUUCUUUGUUUUUUCAUUUCUUGGUUUUUAUUAUGUAAUUGGGUCUUUUCGAUCACUUUGAUUGAAAGACCUUUUUUUUUUUUUUCUUUCUUCUUCCUCUUCUUCUUCGUUGUAGAUGGGCUCCUUCUGCCGUUAACGACUCAAGCGAGAAGGACUUGAGUUUAGGGGAAAACGUAAAUAAACAAAAAACAAUUCAACUUUGAAAGAUGUCGGCUGAUGUUGCUGUGAGACCGGCUCUGAAAGAAUCGGUGCAUUGGCAAGGGCGCUGUCCCGGCGAAUCUAUCCUGAUAUAUAUAACCGUGGACGGUGCUGUGACGCCAAUGCGUGUGUCUGAGUCUGAUUCGAUUGCUUCAGUGAAAAUGAGGAUUCAGACAUGCAAAGGAAUUCCGGGGAAUAGGCAGAAGCUGGUCUAUGGUGGCAGAGAGCUUGCCCGCAAGGAUGCACUCAUCAAGGAUUAUGGUGUCACUGCCAGCAAUGUUCUUCACUUGGUUCUCCGUCUCUCUGACAUGAUCUUCAUUGUUGUAAGGACCACCGGUGGGAAGGAGUUUGAGUUUCAGAUUGAUCGACAUAGAAAUGUGGAGUACCUGAAGCAACGCAUUAAGAAGAAGGGGAAAGAUUUCAUCGAUCUCGACGGUUGUCAAGACCUUUUCUGUGAAGGAGAAGAGCUCCAAGACCAGAGCCUCUUCCGUGACUUCUGCAACGCCGAUAAUGGUGUGAUUCAUUUGGUAGCUCAAAAAUCAGCAAAGGUUGAUGCCAAACCGGUUCACAAAGAUUUGGAGCUUUCGGUUGUUGCUGAUGACUCAGAAGAGGGAGGGAAUCAGGUGACGACGACAAAGACACGACCAAGUGGAGAUUUCUUGUUGGAACCAGUUUUUGUGAAUCCUAAUGUCAAUCUUUUUCCUUUCCUUUGGGACAUGAUUGGCUCCACGUUGGAUGGUUUGAAACAAGGAAAUCACCCUAUGAGGUCCUCAGAGGGCACAGGAGGGACUUAUUUCAUGCAAGAUUCAACAGGUAUGGAGUAUGUUUCGGUUUUCAAGCCCAUCGAUGAGGAGCCAAAUGCGGUGAAUAACCCACAAGGCCUACCGGUUUCGUCCAAUGGUGAAGGUUUGAAAAGAGGGACAAGGGUAGGAGAAGGAGCGGUCAGAGAAGUUGCAGCAUAUAUAUUGGAUCAUCCAAGAGCAGGGCCAAGGUUGGUGUCAGGAGAAGCAGUAGGCUUUUCCGGGGUUCCCCCAACUGUCAUGGUCCAGUGCUUAAACCAACACUUCAACCAUCCAAACGGGUUUGAUUUCUCCCCAGAGCAUUCAAAGGUAGGGUCACUGCAGGCAUUCAUGAAGAAUGAUGGUAACUGUGAGGACCUUGGUCCAGGGUCUUUUUCUGUGGAGGAGGUGCAUAAGAUCACUGUGCUUGAUCUAAGAAUGGCUAAUGCAGAUAGGCAUGCUGGGAAUAUAUUAUACAGGAAAGAUGCAGAUGGCCGCACUCUCCUCAUUCCCAUUGAUCAUGGCUACUGUCUACCAGAGAAGUUUGAGGAUUGCACAUUUGAUUGGCUUUACUGGCCCCAAGCUCGUAAACCUUACUCUCCUGACACAGUUCAUUAUAUUAAAUCUCUGAAUGCUGAGAAAGAUAUAGAGCUUCUGAAAUAUUAUGGGUGGGAUGUUCCGGUAGAGUGUGCUAGAACACUCCGAAUCUCCACAAUGUUAUUGAAGAAAGGGGUUGAGAGAGGUCUCAGUCCCUAUGACAUCGGAAGCAUUAUGUGUAGGGAAAAUUUGAACAAGAAAUCUGUAAUCGAGGAGAUUAUUUGUGAAGCCCAGGAAUCAAUGCUACCUGGCAUGGGGGAAUCUGUGUUUCUUGAAUCUGUCUCCCAGAUCAUGGAUUCUCGCCUUGACAAGCUUUCAAAAUAAACUCUCUCGGAUUCAUAGUUAUAUAAUGUAAUAACAAUAAAUAUAUUUGCAUGAUAACUGUGUAUGCAUUCCAUAUUUGGAUGGACUGCACUUGGUUUAAAAUGUCUGUGAACCUCUUUCUCAUCUCUCAUCUCUUAUAUCUCAUAUCUCAUCCAUGCAUUGCCUUUUUUCACAAUUGUAAUGACCUUUUGGGCAGAGGUUGAAGGGUCUCUAUAACAUGUAUUAUAUUGAAAUUUUAUAUAUUCUAGGUUUCUGCGAGGGUGAACAGAA